AUAACCAGCAAUUAUAUCCCGGCUCGUACAUAAUAAUUUCAAGUGUAUCUGGUCGAUUUACAAAGAGACGCUUAGAUCACACAUCAGAUUCGUCCAUCAACAAAGCGUAAAUCAAUUCGUCAUCUUAAAUCCGGCCUUCAUCUUCGACUCACAUCAAUUCUUCAUCGAUCUUAUCUUUUCAGAUGUGAGAUCCGGGAGCGAGACGCUGUAAGGGCAAGGGUUUGUAACCCUAGAUCCCUACUUUGGAUCUCCGAUCGAGUUGCAAAGCAGCGAGCAGAUGUGAGAAUCUGGCGAGGACACUAUACUACUUCACCUUUAUCGUCCGAUGUAGCAAAGGACUUCACUGUCAAUAGAGGUUGGGUUCCAAGGGGCUGUUUUCAAUGCUGAAGCAAUGCCAUGAUUUGGGAAGGCCAUGAACUGCAUUUCCACUGCAAUUGCAACUAGUUUCAGGGCAGUUUUGGGCGCUCUUAUCUCUGGUUUUUGUGUGAGCAUAGGACAUGAUGCUGAUGGUUUUGAGGGCUGUUGGAGUGGCUUUGCUGUGGUAUACCGGGCCAUUAACUUGUUUUGGGCAGUAAGUUCAAACCAUAGUGAGUGGUUGAUAAACACCUGCUGAAAUUUGAACAUUCAUUGAUAAACACCUGCUAAAAUUCCAGAAAUACCAAUUAUUUGUAUCAAGUUUUGACAUUGAUAUACUAUUUGAGCUAUUUUGUUAGCCUAUUAGCUCAAUAGUAGAGCUUUGUGUGCAAAAGUACAUGAAGCUGUGGGUUC